UUCGAGGCGUGAGCCACCGCGUCCGGCCCGUGGAUGUUUUUUAAAAAGGCUGAGUGGCCUCACUUGGGACCGAAAAGGUGAAGUCCCCGCCCCGUGGUGCAGCAGCGAAGACAAGCGGAGCCACCUGUCAGAGGGCUGUGGGCGGGGGCCGGGGCCGGGGCCGUGAGGGCCUUGGGGCCGGAGGGUGAGCGCCGUUGAGCGCACGCUCAGAGCAGACCGCUCGCAAGGAGGCAGGAUGUGAUAGUCUUAAGACCCUGGAAGCUGACGGCCAGAGGGAGGGAAAGGUGGUCACAGAGGAGAGGCAAAGCAACCGGAGGUAGAGGAUCCUGGAGGUGACUGCAAGGAGAGUACGCAGGGGCGAGGGGCUGCAGAAACCGACCCUGCGACUUCUGCGCCGACGCGGGGCGGGCGGGAGAGAGGAGGAGAGGGCAGCGCGGCGGCGCUGCGGGCUGGCCCAGUCGGGGAGGGGGCUGCCAUGUCCCGUGAGCGACCCCCCGGCACCGACAUCCCCCGCAACCUGAGCUUUAUUGCCGCGCUAACGGAGCGCGCCUACUACCGUAGCCAGCGGCCCAGCCUCGAGGAGGAGCCGGAGGAGGAGCCAGGCGAGGGAGGGACGCGGUUCGGGGCCCGAUCCCGCGCUCACGCACCAAGUCGGGGCCGCCGGGCCCGGUCUGCACCAGCCGGAGGCGGCGGGGCUCGGGCGCCCCGCAGCCGUAGCCCAAACACCCGCAAGAGAGUGCGUUUUGCCGACGCACUGGGGUUGGAGCUGGCCGCCGUGCGCCGCUUCCGUCCCGGGGAGCUGCCCCGGGUGCCCCGCCACGUGCAGAUCCAACUGCAGAGGGACGCCCUCCGCCACUUCGCGCCCUGCCAGCCCCGCGCCCGCGGCCUCCAGGAGGCGCGCGCCGCCCUGGAGCCGGCCAGCGAGCCCGGCUUCGCCGCCCGCUUGCAGGCGCAGCGAAUCUGCCUGGAACGCGCCGAGGCGGGCCCGCUGGGCGUGGCCGGGAGCGCGCGCGUGCUGGACCUGGCCUACGAGAAGCGCGUGAGCGUGCGCUGGAGCGCCGACGGCUGGCGGAGCCAACGUGAGGCCCCCGCCGCCUACGCCGGCCCGGCCCCGCCCCCGCCGCGCGCCGACCGCUUCGCCUUCCGCCUGCCCGCGCCGCCGAUUGGGGGCGCUCUGCUCUUCGCCUUGCGCUACCGUGUGACAGGUCACGAGUUCUGGGACAACAACGGCGGCCGUGACUAUGCUCUACGAGGGCCCGAGCACCCAGGCAGUGGCGGAGCCCCGGAGCCCCAGGGCUGGAUCCACUUUAUCUGAGACGAGGCACCUGCGGCCGACGGCGGAAAACCCCAAAGAAGGGAUGGAAACCCUAUUUGCUUUUCUCAAAGCCCAUGGUUGGUCUACUUUCCUCACUCAGGCUCCUUGACAGUCUUCUAGAAGAGAGAAGAAGGAAAAGAAGCAGUUCUUGAUGUUACAAAUGAACAAGGAUCUUCCAGGAAAAGACCAUAGUUUCUGAUUGUGCUCUGCCUUCCCGUCCUGCCAGUCUCCUGGACUGGCUUGAAGAAGACAGGGGGGUCCCAAGCUUCAUCUGUGGCUCGAAGGAGUUUGCUGCUGUCUCCUGUGCCAGUGUCCCAUCUCUGCAGGAUCAGCACAGGAUACCCCUCGCCUGCCUGCUUACACUCCAGCCUUGCCAUACAUUGGAAUUCUCUCCUGACCCGAGCCAACACUCCACACCUGUUGGUGUGCCACUUCCCUCCCUCUUCCCCAACUGGCAUUGAACAGACAAACCCCUCUAAUGUUUCCACUAGGUUGGGUCCAUGACUAGAACACCUGCUACAUGGUCUGUGCUUGGGCCUUUUCUGGGAAUCCUAAUGUUACUGGGUAAAUGCCAACUCUGACUGUGGGCAGAAAGCUAAUGAUAAUCUUGUUCCCUAAGCUCUUUCUCAGAAGUACCCUGGCUUACUCCCCCAAUGUCGGCUUUAUAGAACAACAUUUUGGUCUUGAUUCUUCCCAUAUUGAGCUGCCCCUGGGCUUAGGUAAGCUGUUAGUUUCCCCAGCUGCCUCAAGGCUGGGUCUGGCUGAGCUACCUUCCUGUGCACACAAAUAACAGGCGUCUCCUUGGAACCUGACUUACUAUCGGUGCCAUCAAGCCUUGUAAAAUAGGAAAGAAACUAGUAUUUCUUGAGUGACUUCUGAGUGCCUGGUUCUUUCAAGGCUGUCUGGAGAGAUUCCCUGCCCUGAUACCAUUGGUGUGUACUCAUCCCAGGACUUCAGCACUGAGAUUCUCCCAACCCCCUGGCUUUUCCUCACCUUGGGUUGAACCCAUGCAGCAUCACCACAAAACCCACCAUCUGCAAAUCAACCAAGAUUAGGCGGUGUGCCCUUUCCAUCUUGCACUACUCUUUCCAAAACUUCCACCUGUAUUUCCCACAGCCCCAGUAAGCAAAGCAGAGUGUGCCUGGACACAGCAGCAUCCACUGCUUUCUCCCAGCAGGUGCAGUCUCAUCGGACACCGGGACACUCAGAGUUUAGCGGAAUCUUCAGCCACCCUAUUAGUGUGUUAUGCAUUAGGCAUUGUGGUAGAAACUCCUCUGACAGCUCAUGACUAAUGAACAGGAGCAAUUUUGAAUAUGUCAGCCAUGGACUGGGAAGUGCCAUAAGAGAAAACACUACCACGGUCAGAGGCUUGGGUCUUUGGGACACCCAGCAGAAAUACUGUGGCCCAUUCCUCUCAUCCAGACUGCAGAUACCUUCCUACACCUACCUGUCCCAUAGCCUCCUUUGUGUUCCUUUGUUUUUCUUUGUGAAUGUAGAAAAACCUUUCAUUAUGAGCCCCAGCUCCUCAGUUUUCCAUCUAACACCCACAUUCCCUUGUUUCUAACUCCUGUGUUUUUCUGGAAACUGUUUGGAUCUUCGCAGUUUGCAGGUCACAGAAUCAGACCUGAAAAGGCUUCUCUUUAGAGAUCAUUGGAUCCAGGCUCCUUUACAGAUGAGAAUACAGGUCCAAAGGUGAGAAAUGACUCUAGUAGGGUCAUAGAAUUUGUUAGUACAGCUCAAAAUGGGCUUAAAUCUGGGCCUCCUGAUCACAUCCCAUUCCCAGGCUAAGAAACGGGUCUCUGCUGGCUGUGGUGGUUCACACCUGUAAUUACAACACUUUGGGAGUCUGGCUGAGACAGGAGCAUUGCUUG